GAUGGCCGCCGCGAAACCGUCUCGUUCGUUCGGACUUCUUCCGGCGCACCGCAAAAAACCUAGUUUGCUGUUAACGGUUCCGAAUGCAGCCGUCGGCAGUGCGCUACCGCCCCGCCUUCCUUUACGGCGCGCCAACGGCUCCGCGUGACAGCCGCGAAAAAAACGUGACCCCCGAGCGCUUUCGCGUCUUCGACGUCCUCGUUGGUCUCGUUUUAGCGGCGUGCACCACUCGCAGCGAAUGGGAGCGCGCUCAGUUUCAGCACGGAGUACCUGCCACCAUGCGUCCCCUGCUCGUCGGGCUGGCACUGGCGCUAUGCCUAUCAGCACACCUUUCCAACGCAGCCCCCGCGGGGACGGAGGUCACAGCAGAACACCAGCAGCAGGAAACUCUGGAGACGCUCCAUCUGGGCGAGCCGGGCUCAGAUGACACAACAGUAAGAGACAAGAGAACCAUAGGACCGCUCAGGCAGCUCUUCCCCGGAAUUUCCCAGAUAGUCGAUAGAAAAAUCCAGCAGAUCACCCGAUCGCUGUUCCGGGUGAUCGGCCGGCUAGUCCUGGGCGGCGGCGCCGGCGGCAACAGUGCCUCGGCCGGCGCGUCCUCCACGUCCGGGGGAUCCGGCCGGAAAGUGUCCAUCACGCUGCCGACCUACCCGCCCGGCGAGGACGACGACGACGACGAAGAGGACGAAGACUCGACGCCGGCGUCCACCUCCAGCCCCGCGGACGAAUCCAGCACCCCGGCCGAAGCGGAGAACCAGCUCGCCGGAUCCGAGUCGCAGAUCAGCGAGGUGCGCGUGCAGCUCGGCGACAAGCAGAGCGCCCCGGUGGAGGCCGAGGAGGAGGAAGAGGAGGAGGACCUCAAGCCGGCAGCCAGCGGAGACAACCUGGCCGAGGCUGAGGAGGGCGCCGAACUGGAGAACGAGGCGGAGGGCACCGCCGACGACGAGAACAGGAACAAGCGCUUCUUGCCCUUCAACCUCGGCGGCGCGGCGGGCGGCAGCGGCGGAUCCUCGGCCGGCUCAGGCAACUUCCUCUUCGACAUCAUCCGGCUCAUCGCCGGCUCGGGCACGACGCAGACCCAGGACGAGGCCGAGAACGCCCCCCUGGACGGCUCCACCAGCUCGGGCGGCGUGUCCGCGUCCGCGUCCGCCUCCGCCAACGCCGAGGGCAAGGACGACGGCUACCAAGAGGGCGUCCCCGGCCCCAUCACCAGGCUGUUCGUCAUCGCCAACAGGGGCAUCGCCAACCUCGUGCAAGACCUCAUCCUGCGUCUGGCCCAGACCAGCGAGAGGUUAGUCAACUUCAAGGCGCGACUCAUCACUUCCAUCAUCUAAGGCGUGUCGCGGCCCAGCGCAGCCCCGCCCCGCCCCACCCCGCCCCGCCGGCGCCCCGCUGCAGGCCGCCCCUCGCCUCAGCGCGGCAAUAGUCACGUCGCCUCCAGUCACCUCCUGGGGCGCAGGCCGGGCCAAGGGCCGUGCCGCGAACGGCGGGCUGAAGCCAACAUCCACUGAUUUGCGACAGGCGGAAAGCUUGCGGAAAGCUUGCAAGCUUGCGGAUAGCUUGCGGAAAGCUUUGCGGAAAGCUUGCGGAAAGCUUGCGGAAAGCUUGCGGAAAGCUUGCGGACGGAGACCUUGCCCGCCGCGGAACGGCCGCCACCGAAGCGACGUCCUUCUUCGCCAUCUCUGUGACGCCGCCAGCGUCUUCGGAAGGGUGCCAGUUCGCUGGCGGGACGUUCCCCUGACGGGCAGGCGGCUCCGUCCGGCAAGAGACCAAUGUGAUAGACCCGAAACAAGUAGUAGCGUCACUAUUUGCUCAAAUUGAGUGAGUAAAGUUAUUCCUCAAACGUCCAACUUUCAAUCCCCAUUUUAUUUAUGAACAAUUUUUUUUAAUGGUUGUAAGCUGUCUAAGUCCUCAAUGUUGUAUCUGAUCUUGACGGUUCCUGGGAGUACAAAGCAUGUGGACCUCGUAGAGAUGGAAACGUGUUGUAAAUUAAGGGAUGACUCGAUUUGUGCGAUUGAAAUGACCGGGGAAAAUACCUUAGUGAGCUUUUGUAUGGAUAGUAAAAUAUUUCUAGUUACCAUCCGGCAUGUCUUCACCAAGGCCAUUUGGAAACUCACUAGGCGAAUGGUCUUUCGACAGUUCAAAAGAAACUUUCGGCCCUCGCGUCAUGAUAGCGCGUCCAAAACUCCUUUUUACGACUGCUGGUAACCAUUCUUGUGAGUUUCUGACUGGUUCUGAAAAUAAAUACUGUAGUGGACAUGCUCCUCUUGUCUGUAAAUAGUCACCCAAUCAUUCGAUUUUUGUAUUGUCAUCAGUUUCAUCGCUCGUACGAGAAAUUGUAAAACUCGUCACAAUUUGUGAUUCGAUGUGUUAAGGGGAGAGGCACCAGAGAGUGUCUUUCAGAGUCAGAAGCCGUUUACUUUGUGUAAAUCUCAACUGCCGUUUAUUGCUUAGUGGUGCUUUCAUCUUCUCUUCGGAUAUCAUUUGAAACGUUCAUGCAUUAUCAUCGAUAGGUUUAUUUUUUUCCAAAUGAAGUACUUGUGCUGAGUGCUCUAAAGGAUUGGUAUUUAUCAUUAAAUAUUGUAAUUUUGUAUAAAUUUAAAAUUGUAUUAAUAGGCCCUGCGAUCAAUUUAUGUAGAAUGUAGACAAAGUUCUAAGAAAUCAAAGUUUUUGUUCCCGAAUAUUAAUGAGUGUCUCAGGGGAUAGUUUCAGUAGCAUCAUUCCCCCUGUUCUAAAUCAUGUCAAAAUUAUUUAUGCAAUCAGUACAUUGUGUUCUUUUUUUUACAUAUAUGAAUAGUACGAAAAUUUAUGUAUAUUUGAACUGACAUGGUGAAGUUUGUAAAUAGUACGAAAAAAAUAAAGUAAAACCUACCUACAACUCA